AUGGCGACGCCAGACAACGCUACUACUCUCCCCUCCCCACCCUUCUACACGCACAUUCCCAACAUCGACAACCUGCGCCUAGCCACGCACGCCCUCACCACAAAAUCCGGUGCAACGCUCCGUCCAAACCUCCUCUUCCGCAGCGCCGAAGUGUCAAAAGUCGAUGCCCAGGGCUGGAUGGCACUGCGCCAGCUAGGUGUUGGCCACGUCUUUGAUCUACGGAGUAAACCUGAAGUAGACAAGGGUCAUUCGAACAACGACGACAACAACGACGCCAAUGCAGACGCAGGAGGAGGUAUGCAAAAAGCGGGCGUGCAGAGAACGUGGGUGCCAGUCUUUGAAGAAAGCGAUUAUAGUCCCGAGCGCCUGGCGGAACGGUAUGCAAAGUACAUGGAUCAAGACGUACGUGGCUUUGUAGAAGCGUAUUCUGAGUUUUUGAAGAGCGGGGGGAAUGCAUAUGGAGUUAUACUGCGGUAUCUAGCAAAUUUAUCCGCUGUUGCUCCAGGACAAGAGGGAGAAGGAGUGGGGGCUUUGAUACACUGCACAGCAGGCAAAGACCGAACGGGAAUGUUUUUUGGUCUCCUGUUCGAUUUUCUGGGUGUGCCGCGCGACCAGAUUGCUACGGAGUACCAUCUCACGCAACGAGGUCUUAGCGGCGUUCGCGAACAAGUCGUCACGAGGUUGCUUGCUAGUCCGGCUUUUACCAAGUAUAUGACUGCGCAGGCAGCCGGUACGCCCAUUUCCCCGGGCGAUAUCGCAAAAGCAUUGCAUGAUGACGCGGCGAGGGGAUCAUCAAGUGGUAGCGAUGGCGAUAAGCAGAUUCCACAGGAGAUUCUGGAUAAGGGGAGGGAGGCGGCGUUGAGGAUGGUGAGCGCGAGGAAAGAGAGUAUGCUGGGGGCGCUGGAGAUGUUGGAUAGGCAGUUUGGUGGGGCGGAACGGUAUAUGAGGGAGGUUUGUGGACUUGGUGAUGGAGAGUUGGAAGGGUUGAGGAGGAAUCUUCUGGUUGGAUAUGGACGUGAGGCGUGA